GACAGCGCACAGAACAUUCUGUAAAAUGUCCCUGUCGGUCGUGUCCGCGUUUGAGACGGGUACGCGCCAGGCAGUGCAGAUGUGUCGCAGAUUUGAAAAGUCACUCCAGAAAGAAAAAGGCACCGUGACGCGAGAUAUUGUUAUUGUGUAACUCUGGGAAUAACAACGUGACAAAAUAAAAUACAAGACAACACGAGAGGUGUAACAAGAGAGGCUGUCAAUUUGCAUCGAAACUGCCGCGGAGGAGCUGUAGAAAUUGCAUUGGAUGGAGCUUUCUGCCAUAGGAGAGCAAGUUUUUGCUGUUGAAUCGAUUACCAAAAAGCGAAUAAGGAAGGGUCAUGUUGAAUAUCUUCUGAAGUGGAAAGGGUGGCCGCCCAAGUACAGUACCUGGGAGCCCGAGGAACACAUACUGGACCCUCGCCUUGUUCUCGCUUAUGAGGAGAAGGAACAGAGAGAGAGAGUGAUGGGGCAUCGCAAGAGGGGCACCAAACCCAAAGGACUCCUUCUGCAGAGACUUUAUGGGAUGGAUCUGCGCAGUGCACACAAGCUUCCAGAACAGCCAGUCCCCAGAAUCCGCCUGUCACUCACACGCUCCCUGGGAGAGGAGGGCCAGGGAGAGAGGCCUCCCCAGGAAGAGGAGGGAGACACGAGCCCCAGUGUGUUCAAGAAGCUGGACACCAGGGAGUACAAGAGCAAAGUGUCUGCUUUCGUCCGACUGGCCCCACUACACCCCCCGGUGGACUACCGGCACGCCCCGACUGGGGAGGGACUGGGAGAGGACUGGGAGAUGACUGGGAGUAGCGUGCCGGCUCAGAGAACGCAGAUCCUCAAUGAUGGAGCGGGGCCUGGGAGUGGGUGGAGUCCUGCGAUGUCACCGGGUGAGGUCACAGUCACUGAUGUCACCAUUAACUCUCUCACAGUCACCUUCAAGGAGGCUUUGGCAGCUAAAGGAUUUUUCCGUGCUUUGAGCACGUAGUUCUAAAUCGAAAUCCAGACCUUAUCGUUUGUAACCAUAGAAACGAUCCUCAAAAAAAAUUAUAUAUAUAACCUUUUCAGUUACAGGAUGGAUAUUUACUGGCUACAUUCAUUCAACGUUGUUACGUACUACAUUGCAGCAUGUCUCAUACAAGAACUGUAUAGAUGGUAAUACCUUGGGUUUAGGUAAUGUACAGCUGUGGCCAAAAGUUUUGCUUCACCCUGUAGAGUUAACUAAUUUUGCUUCUUAAAGUCGAAUGAAACCAGCUGAAUAAUAAUACGCUGACAAGUUGAAUUACAUACCGCUUUGUAGUUUUCCACAUCCUUUAAACUGACAAAAAUGUGACAUUUUGAAAUCUAAUUGAAAUACUGUACUACUACUUCCGAUAGGCUUUUUAUAGCAAUAUCAUUUUGAGGUUGCUUUGAUUACAUGAUGUUAAAUAAAAGAUCUAAAUUAUGUUCAUAUAUACUUUUUUAAAAAGUACCGUAUUACUUCAAUUUGGCGCCGCGGCAUUUAUUUUAAAUUGAUCAAAAUGACUGCGGCCCUUAGACGAGGGUAGCGAUUAUACAAAGGCAGCCUUUAUUAAUAAUACUAUUCUUUACAAAACGCUGCAAUAUUUUAUUAAAUGAUUUAAGGCAUUUUAGAAACUGCGCCGUGAGAGGCUCCGAUCUGCAGCACUAUACUCUUGUUUGUUUUUGGGGCUUGAAUACAGUACAUUUACUGACAGUUAAUGAGAGGUGGGAGUUGGGGGGUCAGGGGAGUACUGUACCAGCGAAUCAGGAGUGUGUAUUGGUUUGUAUGGGGCGGGACAAGAAGAGGUGAGAGAACGGUAGUUGAGUUGUUUUUCUUAACGAAAAAUAUUACCUCUGAAUAUCGGUCUGAUUUCUGUUAAAACUAAAAUAUAUCCUACUCGGUUAUUUUUUUUUUUUCUCACUGUAAUUUACCUGGUUGUUUGUAAUUUCUCUGUUAGAGAAACCGAAACUAGAUCUUCUCAUAGAUAGUAAGCAAGUUUUUUUUUUUUUUUUUUUAUUUCAUUGUACAGGACUGAGUAAAAUUCCAAUUGAAUAAAAAACAAAACAACUAACCCCCCUACAGGAAGAUAUCUUCAGUCAGCUUUCAGAUAGUGGUCAGAGUGACCGGCAAAGCUCUUAAGUUCCUCUGAGUUUAAGUUUUCACCAUCCAAGCUGACAAUGAGGUAAACAGACAGCCCUUGUUUUAUCCCCUCCUGUGUUGGCACUGAACUCUGCUGGAAAUAAAGGACUGCUGUGCUGUAAGUAGUUCAUCUUGGGCUGUCUGUCGGGACUGUACUAUACAAUAACAUUUUGCUUACAUUAGUUUGUAUUACAUGCUGGAUUGAGGUUGCAGUCUCUUCGGGGGUGUCAUGUACAUCGGCAGAGUUGCGUGUUUCUUUAUUUUUUGAGCAGGGGUAAAAAAAAAAUUACCUUUACGUUUCUUUAUUGAGAGCAGGGUUUAUUAAAAAGCUGAUAUCUGACUGAGGUGUUAAUUCGAGGGCGAUGUUAAUUUGAAGUAAUAUGGUAUAUCUCAAGCCUACAUUUCUAGCUGAUGCAAAACUUUUGGCCAGUGCUGCAGAAAAGCGAAUGAGUUGAAAAAAGUCUUCUGCUGUCAAUGUCGUCUGACCCAAAAAUGAGCCAAACUUAAGUAUUACAAAUGUGGUCCUGUUUUCAUGUUCUUCCACCUUUAAACCCUACUAUAUACAAGUCCCUAAGCCGUCUUUGUUGUUUAUUUCUGGUUUGGGAACUUUUUUGGUUGUGUGUUUUCCUUACUGUAAAAAAAAUAGCUUUGAAAUUCUAGCCCUUUUUUUCUGUAAGGAAGAAAACCCCAAUUAUAAUUCUAAGACUUAUAGGAAACAACUUCAGGCUGUGUAGAAUGUUCUGAUUGAAAUGUCUUUGUAGUUUAUUACUGCUCUGCUGAUAAAGGCACGAGCAGAAACGUUUGUCUACUUACGUUGUACCUUUUAUCUGGUUUGAUUCUUCAUUGGGAGCUGCACUCAUAGAAAUUUAAGAGGACAUAACUCCAACAAUCUGGUGUAUUGUGUGUCAAAAACAUUUCAACAUGUCAAAAAAACUUGUACAUUUUUGAGUAUAUUUAUAUAUAUAUAUAUAUAUAUAUAUAUAUAUAUAUAUAUAUAUAUAUAUAAUGUUGCAGAGUAGUGGGAGGAAAGGAAAUGGGAAAUGUAGUCAUGGGUUUAAAGAAGGCAUCAAUAACUACAUCCCCCAGAAUGCCUCAGGGCUAAUUGAUCCAAUAACGAGGAGCGCCUGGUCUCAGUAUAGAGGUGCAUAUAGC